AAAGAACAGUAUUCGUGGUGUGGACAGACCCGCCCCCUAAAACCAAGAGGUAAGUUAAAACGAGCGCGCCCUAUCUCUACUUGACGAUGCAGGAUUUACGGAAGUGGAGUCCCAGGCGUGGCUGAGGAACUUCCGUCUUUGACAGCAGAAAAAUGACAGCGACUCUGCGCCCCUACCUAAACGCUGUGAGGGCCACCCUGCAGGCGGCCCUCUGCCUGGAGAACUUCUCCUCGCAGGUGGUGGAGCGCCACAACAAGCCGGAGGUGGAGGUCAGGAGCAGUAAGGAGCUCUUACUGCAGCCCGUGGUGAUCAGCCGCAAUGACAAGGAGAAGGUUCUCAUCGAGGGAUCCAUCAACUCAGUCAGAGUCAGCAUUGCUGUCAAACAGGCUGAUGAGAUCGAGAAGAUCCUCUGCCACAAGUUCAUGCGCUUUAUGAUGAUGAGGGCCGAGAACUUCUUCAUCCUGAGGAGGAAACCGGUGGAGGGUUAUGAUAUUAGCUUCUUGAUUACCAACUUCCACACGGAGCAGAUGUACAAACACAAGCUGGUGGACUUUGUCAUCCACUUCAUGGAGGAGAUCGACAAGGAGAUCAGCGAGAUGAAGCUCUCCGUCAAUGCCAGGGCCCGUAUCGUUGCUGAGGAAUUCCUCAAGAACUUCUGAUGACAAUGUUUGUCUGUGGUCCCGCACUAACCGGGGGAACGCUCCAAGGGCCAAUCAGCAUAAGGGUGGAGAACUAAAGGAGUAAGCAGCCAAUCAGCGAGGAGAUGAGAGGAAUGUGACCAAUCUGGUGAUGACACCCGUUGUGCCCCUCUCAAGUAUUUCCCUGUACUCAUGAAUAUCGAUGACUGUAUAUAAUGAAAUAUUUACCAGUUUCAUUUUCAGCCACUUAGAACAAAUCCCCAAACAAAGGCGGGUCCUUAAAGUAUUAAUCAUUUUGAUAUCCAUGACUACAGGGGCGUGCAGGACUUGCUGUCGCAAAUAUAAUGGCCAGGUUUUUGUAUUUUUGUCUGUGUGCGUCUGUAUGUGCUGUCGCUCUUGUUUCAAAAAUAAAUCUCCAGAUUUCCCUGUUCAGGACGCCCUUGUUUGAGGAAAGUAGUCUGUGUGGUGUUUUAAUCUGUCUGUAAAGAAGCAACCAAAACCCAUGUAUGAAAAAUAAUCAAAGACGAUAAAAGUCUGGUGUUUUA